AAAGUCGAGCGCUUAUAGUCUAGUUUCGUUUUCACUGGUAACUGAAGAUGGGUUCGUUAUUCCGGAGCGAAGAAAUGCAACUGUCUCAGAUGUUUCUACACACAGACAUAGCCUACAUGUGCAUAUCAGAAUUAGGGGAGUUGGGGCUGGUGCAAUUUCGAGAUACUGUCCCAGGUACCAACGCCUUCCAGAGAAAAUUUGUAAAUGAGGUUCGAAGAUGUGAUGAAAUGGAGCGAAAACUAAGAUUCCUGGAGAAGGAGAUCGAAAAAGAUAAAUUUCCGAUAUUGGACACUGGCGAAAAUCCAGAAGCUCCGGCCCCACGUGAAAUUAUCGACUUGGAAAGUAUUUUUGAGAAACUAGAGAACGAACUAAAAGAAGUGAACUCAAGCGCAGAAAAGCUAAAGAAGACAUACCUGGAAUUAUCUGAGCUGAAGCAGAUUUUGCGCAAAACGCAGACAUUUUUUGACGAAGUAAGUUUUUAUUUUUUCGUGCGAGUUAAUGUGUCGCCUUCAAACUGAUUUACAACGUACAUUCGAUAAGUCAAGUGUUGCAUUAUAGUUCUAGUAAAUACGUUAAGUUAUGGUCUGUCAGGCUCGAUAAACAUGAGAUAUUAUGGUUAACAUAAGUGAUGGUGGUAUAGUCCACUCAUAUUCAUGCGACUAAGAAUAAUUUCAAGUUUUGUCUAAACGUGGUAUUGUCAGACUAAGCUCUAUUUCUUCCCAACCUGGGGGUUUGAUGAGUUUACGCGUAGUGCUCAUAUCAUUUGCUAGUCCUACUUCAUUGUGGGUAACAUUGAACUAACCAACCGGUUAUUCAUCACCUAUCGAUUAACUAUAAGCUUUUCUCGGCAUUUAUGAUCAUAAGUUUAGUUACUACGGUAGAUCUGUCCUACUUCCAUUAAUCUAAGUGUUAGUUCUCAUGCAUUUGUCUAUACAGUACAGAUUUCUGAAAAUUAGGAAUGUUUAGACUUUCUUUUGAUCCGUAACUCGUUCAUCACAGUUUUUUGAAGUGUAUUGUGGGGAGGUCUCUAUGACUUCACUAGUUGCUUUCCUAACUUAUUGUGCUAGUUUUUGAGUUUUGGAAUGGUUCAAUUUUCCGUUUUCCAUUCUUUAUUGGUGACAAACUAUGGCAAUCGGUCUUAUCAGCUUUAUUUCCGAUUAGCUAAUAAGAUAGUGUAUUUAGCACAUUAAAUCAGCUCACAAACAGCGAUUUAUAAUGGUAAUGAUAAAUCAGUUUACAAGGGAAGCUGAAUGUUCAUUUUGCCAAAGUAGAAAAACGUAACAAGUGAUGAAUUUACUAGGAUUUCACACGGUUAGCUGCAGAAUCGAACUGCAUUUCAGUUGUCUAAGUAAUAUCUGGCAAUCUAUAGUACACAUUGUCGUGGCUUAUCUCUUUUCAUUCAGUUAACUAAAAUUUAUUAAGUCAGAAAGCCUGACUGCUCAUUAUCAAUGAAAACUUGAUUAGUAUACUUCAAGUUACACAGUUGCUGGUAGCUGUUAUGGGGAUAUAGAUUGGAUUAAAGCAUAUCCCGUAUCGUAUUGUGAUGGGGCACGCUGGUUGGUUUUUCCUAACUAACCAAUGAUAGGAGAGACUCGGAGAAGACUCUAGAAUCUUAUGUAAAUAUCUUAAAUAUACUAACGCUUUUCUUGUCGUGAUUCCUACUUCCAUUCAACUUUUUUAUUUGGAGUUUAAUUACGUUCCUGUUCAACCAUGCUCGGAUUUGGGGGCUUGUUAAGUAGUGUCCGAGAAUAUUUAGCAAUAAGAGUGGCUGGGUCGAAAUAAGGGAAAUUAUGACGGUAGUUAUGCAGGUUUUGGGUCGAACUCUGUAUAGGAUGGUAACGUUCAACUACAGUGUUCUUACGCUAUACCUGCCAUGAUGACAAUCUAGCCAUUGCUCGUUUAUAACUGAAGAAAGUAAACAAUAUCUGUUCAAGGUUGUAAUGGUUAAGAAUAUGUCAGGCCUGAGUUUAGUAUAGACUACCAAUUAUGGUUUCAAACUAAAACCGUGUGGUAUCCUUAAUUGUCACACAGUUGAUCACCUUUGCGGCGUUGUUGAGCGUGACUAAAUUGUUACGGUUAGCAUUCACACUCAGGCGUAGGCUUCCUUAGACAUCGGCAAGUUGUCCGUUGCUCUUUUCCUUGUAUUGCAUGUGGUUAUACCUAAUUGCCUCAGCCGUUGUCUGGUCCUUUUGUCGGUUUGUCCGACUUCGGUGUUGUCACUGCUGUGAAUAAAUUAGUGCCAAGAUUUACCGAUUGAACGUCUGACCAUACCUUCCAAUGAUUUGCCCCUUCGUCGACUGAAUCGCGAACAGGCCCUGCACGAUCCUGCAAUGUCAGAAGAAAAUGUUGGACUCCUUGGCGGUGAAGCAAUGGGUGCUGCUGGCACUGCUGGUGGAUUACGAUUGGGGUAAGUUACAGCUUCUAUAUUCGCGUUAUGUAUAUUUUGCUUAUUAAUCUGUUUGUGAUUUUUAGGCCAACGUAGAAUCUCAUCUAGACUUAAACCCAACGAAUGAUCCCAAUCAUAAUUAUUCGGAAAGGGAUGUUACAGUUCAUACUAACAGUAACAAACGUCAUGUAGAGUGAGUAUACAAAUCCCGGAAAUCACCUAUCGACUCUGGGAACCUAUUGAAUGUUUCUUGCUGGGAUUAUCCUUCGUGAACGGUUACCGGCUUUCGAGCGUAUGCUGUGGCGGGUGUGUCGAGGAAAUGUUUUCCUUAAGCAAGCAGAAGUUGAUGACCCAUUAGAAGAUCUUACAACGGGUAUGCCAGUCCACAAAUCCGUAUUCUUGGUAUUCUUUCAGGGUGAUCAGCUUCGAACUCGUGUUAAAAAGAUAUGCGACGGAUUCCAUGCAACCCUAUAUCCUUGCCCAGAUUCACAAGCUGAUCGACGUAAUAUGGCCAUUGAAGUGAUGGGUCAGAUCCAAGAUUUAGAAACAGUGCUAACGCAAACUAGGCAGCAUCGUCAACGUAUUUUAGAAACAGCCGCUAAAAAUUUACGUACCUGGUUUAUAAGGGUUAGGAAAAUCAAAGCUAUCUAUCAUACUUUAAAUUUGUUCAACCUUGAUGUAACUACGAAAUGUAUGGUUGGGGAAUGCUGGUGUGCAGUGAAUGAUGUGGACAAAAUUAAUUUAGCUUUACGUCGUGGUAUGGAACGCAGCAAUAGUACUCUACAACCGAUUUUAAAUGGAAUAGUAACUACGGAAAAUCCUCCAACAUACCAUCGAACAAAUAAAUUCACCUAUGCUUUUCAAAGCAUCAUUGAUGCUUACGGAGUCGCACGUUAUCGAGAAGUCAAUCCAGCUCUGUUCACGGUUAUCACAUUCCCAUUCCUGUUUGCUGUAAUGUUUGGAGAUGCUGGUCAUGGAUUGCUUAUGUUUCUUUUCGCUUUGUGGAUGGUUGUAUGUGAGCGAAAAUUAAGCGCUAAUAAGUCCGGAGGUGAGAUUUGGAAUAUAUUUUUCAAUGGUCGUUAUAUUAUACUUCUUAUGGGUCUGUUUUCAAUUUAUACUGGAUUGAUAUACAACGAUAUAUUCUCUCUAUCUGCUAACAUUUUCGGGUCCUCAUGGUAUCCAACUUAUGAUAAUAGUGCUUUAUCAAAGGAAGUUAGACUCCAGUUAGAACCUCGAACAAGCGUUAAUGUGUCGGACCGAAUGUAUGCCGGAUAUCCUUAUCCUUUUGGUCUAGAUCCUGUAUGGCAGUUAUCUGGUAAUAAAAUCAUGUUGACAAAUUCAAUCAAGAUGAAGAUGUCUGUCGUACUGGGAGUAUUACACAUGCUAUUGGGCAUUAGUUUAGGUGCUUUCAAUUACAGAAAUAAUAAAGAUAACUUAUCGAUUUGGUGCUUACUACUUCCUCAAAUCCUUUUCCUGUCAUGCAUCUUCCUCUAUUUGGUGAUGUUAAUCUUUUUCAAAUGGGUUGCGUAUACGGCGGAAACGGCCUCCUCUGCACCAAGUCUUCUUAUUGGAUUGAUCAAUAUGAUCCGUUUCAGUUAUUCGGAUGAAAUUCCUCCAUUGUAUUCUGGACAGAAAGCUGUUCAAAGUAUAUUGAUGGUUAUUGCAGUUAUAUGUGUUCCUUGGAUGUUGUUGUCUAAACCCCUAAUUUUGUAUAUGCGUCAUCGUGCCAUCAUGAAGAAUAGACAUUAUGUGGAUCCUGAUGCAAGUGUGCAUGUGGUCAUUGGUGGUGUAACAAAUCCAAAUAUGGAUGAUAGUUUCAUUGGUGAUAAUAAUGGUAUUAUGUACAGUGACAUGUCUCCACUACAUAGAUCGUCAUCUGAAAAACGUUCUAAGGUUUCAUUAAUUAGUCAAACAGAUUCACCAAGUAGUCAUGAUGUUCAUAAGUUUGAUUUCGGAGAUAUAAUGGUUCAUCAAAGCAUUCACACAAUUGAGUUUUGUUUAGGUUGCAUUUCCAACACAGCCUCUUACCUUCGGCUAUGGGCUUUGAGUUUAGCACAUGCACAAUUAUCGGAAGUCCUUUGGAGUAUGGUUAUGAGAAUGGGUUUACGUAUAUCUGGUCUAUAUGGCGGUGUUGUAUUAGCAUUUAUUUUCGCAUUCUGGGCUGUACUAACCGUCAGUAUUCUUUUGUGCAUGGAAGGAUUAUCUGCUUUUCUCCAUACACUUCGUCUCCACUGGGUGGAAUUUCAAAAUAAAUUCUACAGUGGUGAUGGUUAUCCUUUCGUUCCAUUCUCCUUCGAACAUUCCAGCAGUGUAGUUGACAAUUAAAAUUAAAUUUUAUUAUUUUGCGUGUGUAUGUGUGUUCACUUAAAUUUAUCUUCAUAAAUGUUGUGAUUAUUCUUUUAAACUGCUAUAACCAUUCCGUCUACUGGACAGUCCAAAUAAUUUAAUACUUAUUACUUAUUUAUUUAACCCUUAAGUCAUCAUCUACUUAACCGAUUUUAUUAUCCUUGAUCAUUAUACAUUGACUGGGUUCGUUUAAUAUUUAUUCAUUUUUAUGUUGUUAGAUCUACUAAUAAAGCUGUUCAAAUCCACUUUCACAUUU